AUGCCAGCUGGAAUGCUUUCUGCCAAGCUGCCGGCGAGCUCCCCUCCGACGGAAGCCUUACCAGACCCGAAAGGGAUUGACUUGACCGUGGCAGCGAUCAGGCCAACCGCAGUGAACUCGCAGCGGGAUGCGAGGAGCACGCAACAACGAUACCAAUCAACAGAGCUUGGACGAACAUUCAACGAGACGGACGCCAAAACCACCGAGUCAGCUAAGGCCAAGGCUGCGACGCUCGACACCGAUGCGCUGCUGAAGCGCAAUGCAGAGCUGAUGGCCAAGCUCAAGGUCACCAAAACGCGCGCCGACACGACGAAGCUGGAGGUGACACUGGCUGCUGCCGUGGAGCGCUGGGUCGAAACUAGCGCCAUCCGCGAGUCGCUGGCUUGCGACGAGCUGCUCCGGCGCAACACGGCGCUGAUGCUCAAGAUCGAGGGCCGCACCGCGACUGAGCACGCAACCGCUGACAGGGCAGGGAGCAGUGCAGGGAGCAGUGCAGGGAGCGAUUCGGAUUUUUCGGCGCCGUCCGACCCGGCAUCCGGCACGCCUCCCGACGCUUCGCUCGCCUCUCCGUUUACGGAUGAUGUCGCGGCCGGAGCCGCUGACGCUGCCGCUGCCACCUCGCUCUUCGCGCUCGACGGCAUUGCUGCUGACGACUUGCAGGCUGCUGCUCGCACGAGCUCGCCGACUUCGGCACGCCCAGCCGUGCCGUCCGACCCGGCAUCCGGCACGCCUCCCGACGCUUCGCUCGCCUCUCCGAUUACGGAUGAUGUCGCGGCCGGAGCCGCUGACGCUGCCGCUGCCACCUCGCUCUUCGCGCUCGACGGCAUCGCUGCCGACGACUUGCAGGCUGCUGCUCGCACGAGCUCGCCGACUUCGGCACGCCCAGCCGUGCCGUCCGACCCGGCAUCCGGCACGCCUCCCGACGCUUCGCUCGCCUCUCCGUUUACGGAUGAUGUCGCGGCCGGAGCCGCUGACGCUGCCGCUGCCACCUCGCUCUCCGCGCUCGACGGCAUUGCUGCUGACGACUUGCAGGCUGCUGCUCGCACGAGCUCGCCGACUUCGGCACGCCCAGCCGUGCCGUCCGACCCGCCACCCGGCACGCCUCCCGACGCUUCGCUCGCCUCUCCGAUUACGGAUGAUGUCGCGGCCGGAGCCGCUGACGCUGCCGCUGCCACCUCGCUCUUCGCGCUCGACGGCAUUGCUGCUGACGACUUGCAGGCUGCUGCUCGCACGAGCUCGCCGACUUCGGCACGCCCAUCCGUGCCGUCCGACCCGCCACCCGGCACGCCUCCCGACGCUUCGCUCGCCUCUCCGAUUACGGAUGAUGUCGCGGCCGGAGCCGCUGACGCUGCCGCUGCCACCUCGCUCUUCGCGCUCGACGGCAUUGCUGCUGACGACUUGCAGGCUGCUGCUCGCACGAGCUCGCCGACUUCGGCACGCCCAUCCGUGCCGUCCGACCCGCCACCCGGCACGCCUCCCGACGCUUCGCUCGCCUCUCCGAUUACGGAUGAUGUCGCGGCCGGAGCCGCUGACGCUGCCGCUGCCACCUCGCUCUUCGCGCUCGACGGCAUUGCUGCUGACGACUUGCAGGCUGCUGCUCGUACGAGCUCGCCGACUUCGGCACGCCCAUCCGUGCCGUCCGACCCGCCACCCGGCACGCCUCCCGACGCUUCGCUCGCCUCUCCGAUUACGGAUGAUGUCGCGGCCGAGGCUACAGCCGCUACUAAGCCAGGCGCCGCCUCCGGCGCCGUUUCCCCAUCGCCGUCGCCUUCGAGCCCGAGCCACUCACCCCCGCUGUUCGCUUCCUCGCUUCCGAUCGAUCCUGCCGCCUGGUCCACCUUCCGCAAGGUUCCUCUCUACUGGCUGACGCCUUGGAUCAAAGUGUUCUCCGCACUCACCGACAAGGCGGGCGGCGCCUCUAGCGUCGACUCUGCCGGCGAGCGGACGAACAUCGCCUUAACUUUCGAGAUCUUCGGCGCGGGCACGCCGCGACGUCUGGUCCGUGCCGCUGAGCAGCUCAUGAGGGAGAGCUUCGACGAGUGGCCCACUGCGCUGUUGGGCUGCCGCGGUCUGAGACGGCUCGCCCGCCGCGGUCUGUGGCACCACGACUACUGCUACGCGCUUGUCGCGUUGAACGAGCAGAGGGAGCUCCUCGCCGCAAGCUGGUUCGUCUUUGAUGGCACCUACCUUCAUCCUCAAUUCUCGACGCGUCGCGAGUCCCGGGGCCGGGACCUCGACCUCCGUAGGGCGAUGCUGGCCGAACUCAAGUCGAUGGCUGCCGCUGCCACUGCUGCCGCUGGCGGGCCAGACAACGCUACGCGCGCUUCCCCCUCGGCCCGUACGGCCGCCUCGCCGCCGUCGUCGUCUGCUCCGCCGCUCGCGCCGCCGUCCGCCUCGCCGCCGCACGGCGAGCCAGCCGUCUCACGCGACCUCUAUGCGUCGCUUGAUGACGCGGCUGCUGCCGUCGCCACUGCUACUCUCGACGGAGUGUGCGACGUCGCUCUCGAAGCUACCUCGGCUCGUGCAGCCUCGUCGUUGUCGCCUACGCCUGCUCCGCCUGUCGAGUCGUCAGCCGGGCUGCCGUCCAGCCUACCUCCAGACGCUUCGCUCGCCUCUCCGAUUACGGAUGACGUCGCGGCCGAGGCUGCUACCUCUGGCAGGCCAGAGCAUUUGACCUACCAAGCCGGCGCCGCCUUGGGCAAGGCGUUAAAUUGCACCCGUCGUGGUGGGCUAGUCAUCAUCACGCCGUACCGGGACUCUUCACGAUGA